AUGCAGCUCCAUUGCCCUCCUCCUCCUCCCCCUCCCCCUGCCCCUCCCUCUCCGCCUCCCCCUCCUUCUCCCCCUCCCCCUCCCCCUCUCCCUCCCCCUCCCUCUCGUCCCUCUUUUCCACUUCUCUCCCCCCCUCCCUCUCCACUUCCCUCCACACUCUCUCCCCAUCCUUCCCACCUACCCGCUCCUCCCUCCUCUUCAUCCUCUCCUCCCUCCUCUGCUUCUCCUUUCUCGCUCUCUCCUCCCUUUUCUUCCCCUCCUUUAUAA